UGACGAGGUCACGUGAGUCGGAGGCUGCCAGGGCAGUAGCGUCUCCAUGACAACAUUUGAAGAGGAGAGUAUCUGUUCACAACGCGACAAAACGGUAAAAGGAAAGGAUGGCUGAAACAGUAGAUGGUAAAAAAGAUGAAGCGGACUACAAAAGAGUGCACAGCUUUCCUCUCAUCAGGCACACAGACAUGCCGGAAGAGAUGCGAGUGGAGACAAUGGAGCUCUGUGUGACAGCCUGUGAGAAAUUUGCCACCAACAACGAGAGUGCUGCCAAGAUGAUAAAGGAGUCCAUGGAUAAGAAGUUUGGGAAUUCGUGGCAUGUGGUCAUUGGUGAAGGUUUUGGGUUCGAGGUGUCCCACGAAGUCAAGAACCUGCUGUACAUGUUCUUCGGGGGAAGUCUGGCCGUGUGUGUGUGGAAAUGUUCCUGAUGUCACCUCUUGGCCACACAGUUGGCACUGUGAGCGAUUUGUACCCACAGACUUGUCUUUACUAUGCAGCCCUGUUUGACUUGAUGUGUGUGUGAAAUGAUGUGUGAGGAGGGAUACGAAUUCCUAGGUAUGUAUGCAUUUUUCCUCAGGAUUUAAUCUUCAGGCUUUAAUUUUAAUGUUGUGACAUUAACAUAAUCAUGCACAGUAUUCUGAAGGGAAAUGUGUUUACAGACUUGCAUUAUUUUAGUCCUUUUUUAAUUUAAAAUUAAUGUAAAAAUCCCAAUUUACACUACUGAGUGUUUUACAGUACAGCUAACUCCGGUCCUUUGAAAUUUUUGUCUGGAUAAGAAAAUUUGUUUUAUAUACUGUAUAAAUUAUAUCUCUCCAUCCUAUUUGACAUAAACACAUGAUUUAAAAGGAAAUAAAUCUUUUAUAGUCUAGAAUACUUCAGUGGGUUUUGUAAUCGGUGACUUGCCAAAUCUAUACUUGAAAUCACAGACAUCCAAUGAUGAUAGUAGUAACUCUGAGACAUCAUUCAGACCAGUAAGCUUGUCUUCAUUAUAAUAGCAUUAGCGUGUAGGUUUUGCAUAAUAUUAGACACCACAUUUAAAGAGCACCUAUUUCAUUGCUUAAAACAACGUUAUUUUGUGUAUUUGGUAUAAUAAAAUGUGUUUGCGUGAUUUAUGGUUAAAAACACAUUAUUCAUUAUUUUCCACAUACCAUAAAUUUUUGUAGCUCCAGAUUUCACUCUCUUCCUGAAAUGCACGGAUUUGAAAAGCUCUGUGUCCCUGAUUGGCCAGCUAAUCUGUACGUUGCGAUUGGCUUGCAUACCUCAGCAGGAAAUGUGACGCUCCUUACCAUGUUUGAAAGUUUCGGUCACAAUGCAAUGCUAACACGAGUUAACUUACAGACUAUAAGACAAAGUGGUAGGAAUAAUGAUAAUGUCUGUCUUGUCUACAUCACCAAUCCCAGGAAGUUAACUGUUGCCUACAAUCCGUGUGCUUGUUGUAGUCCAAGAAAAGAGAUUUACAUUGGAAAUGAUAACUCGCGUUAUCUUUUACAUUAGGGUAUGUAUCUUUUGCAUACCGUUAACAUGUACUAAUACACACUUACACACCAAAGGAAAUUAUGAAACGUUAAUCGGACAAUAGGUGCUCUCUUUAAUGUCAUGUUAUGGUGCAGAUAUGAUAAUUUGAGUAACCACAGGUCAUCCCCAAUUUAGUCAUGGACCAUAUCCCUUAAGUUAUAUUAUUUAGGACAUUUAGGUUGUGUUUGCAAACAAACCUUACAAAAAACAAUACUGGUGUGCUGCAUCAUGAGUCAAAACAAUAGCACUGAUAUGUUUUGAAAUUGGAAUGGAAAUAUUUUUUAACAUCAUCCCAAAAAAUGAUUACCAUCUGAAUAGUGCUUUGAUCUCAGAUAUAGUAAAAUGCUGAUAGACUUUAUCAGAAUAUUCAAGUCCUCAUGUUCCAGUAAUGCUGAAUUUGUUUGGGGCCCUGAAAUUGUAUGACCUUUUAAUGAUUUUAUUCUGAUCUUUUAUUCACUUUUUUAAUACUUUUAAUGUCAACACUGUGCAAUAAUUGCUCUGUUUGAAAUAAACUUUAAUUUCGAUUUAGCAUAUUCAAAAUGUGCAUGUGUUUUCAGUCUGAACCUGUCAUGUAUUUUACUAAUAUUUUGCUUUAAGGCCUAUUAAUAUAAAAUCAAAUCACUUCUUAAAAAUCUUUAAAUAAAACGACUGACCAAAGUCAGUUAAUCGAUGAUUUUUCAUUUUUGUUUUACAUUGGGGGUGGUUUAGCGGACAGGGAUUAGCUUAAGCCAGGACUAGGCCUUAGUUUAAUUAGGAAAUAUAACUGGUUUUAACAAACAUGCCUUACUAGUCACUGAUUCUUGAAACUUUGGCAAAAACAUGUCCCCCUAAGAAAAGUGCUAAUUCUGUUGGAAAUUAAUAAAAUUUUCAUGAAGAAAAAGAAUCAAUGUUAUAUUCAAGGGGGUUCUUUGCACAUAUGUAAGGUU